AUGGAGGAUAUUGCCCACUACUCAUAUUUUGUCGUAUCGUUUCCGGAGCGUUCUGUAUCGUUUCAGAUAAUACCUAGAUACCCUCAUAGUCAGCCAUCCUUCUGUCUAAACAAGACACCAACUUUUCUACGCUGCCCAGCUCCCGGGAGAUCAAAAAUGCAGCUCUCCCCAGCGCCAUUCGCGCGGUGCUUGAAGCAGAACCCUAUCCGCGUCUGCAGAUGCUCAUACUCGACCGCGAGUCCGCCGGCGCACUCGCCGCGCUGGCUAUCCGAGACGAAGCAGCGGAUUGGGAAGUGCGUGAUGUUUGGGAUGGAUAAGGAGCAGCUGGGGAGAGCGGGCGUGGUGCUGAGAGCGCUGGGUGAGGAGUGGAGAGAGCUGGUUGCGGGACGGGAGGGCUUCUUGACGGAUAGGAAGAGGGCGGGAUUGCUUCGGCAGAGGGUGGUGUGGGGGGAGAUGGAUUGCAUGGGAAGGGAGGCUGAUAUUAGGGAACAGAGCCAUGUGAACAACGUAACGUAUAACCGCUACGCCGAGUCGGCACGCAUCAACUGGGCUUACAACUAUGCCCUCCAUCAUGACCCGGCGCACAAGGAGCUGUGGUCCCAGCUGUGGACGCCGCGCGGCGACGGCCUCAUCCUGCGCUCUAUCCGCACCGACUACAAGUUCCCCAUGACAUGGCCGGACCGCAUAUCAGUGUUCCACAAGCUGCGGGCGCUGCCGCGGCCCGGCGACCACAGCUUUAUCCUGGACGUGGUGAUCCUCAGCGAGUUGCAGCAGAGGCCGGCGGCGCGGUGCGAGGAGGACAUCGUGGUCUAUGACUACAGGGUUGGGAAGAAGGCGGAGAUCAUGGGGUUUAUGAUGGAUGAGUUUGAGAAGACGUGGAAGGAGCAGGAGGAGAUGAAGGCCAAGGCGGAGAGAAGGAUUGGGGAGUUGGAAGCGGUGGUUAGGGGGCUGGAGAAGGAGACUUGGGAUAAAGAGGGGGCGGUGGAAGAUAUGGGCGCUGCGGCCGGGAGGUAAUCCGGGGAAUAGAGUGAAGAUUGAGAACUUAUAUAUUGUGGAGUGGUAGAUG